AUGGCCCAAAGGACCCUGGGCUUUGCCUGGUUGCUUGGAGGGCUGCUGCUAUUGCUGACAGUGGCAACAGCAGAGCACUCCCCCUGGAACCUGAGGAGGAAGGCCACUAUAUUUGCUGACCUGAGCCAGGAGGAGCUGCGGGUUGUUCAGAGUUUCCUGUUGGCCAAAAAAGAUCUGAAGCUAGCACCCUCCAAAGAUGACACUAUGGCCAAGAAUUCCAUAUUCCUCAUCGAGAUGCUGCUGCCCAAGAAGCACCAGGUGCUGAAAUUUUUGGACGAAGGGGGAAUUCGUCCAGUGCGAGAGGCUCGAGUUGUCAUCUUCUUUGGGGCCCAGAAACAUCCCAACAUCACUGAGUUUGCGGUAGGACCCCUUCCUUGGCCCAGUUACAUGCGGGUGCUGCCCCCCAAGCCUGGGCACAGUCCUUCCUGGGGCUCAAGACCCAUCUCAUCUACUGAAUAUUAUCUCCUAUACCACUUCUUGCAAGAUGCCACUGAACCCCUAUACCGAUUCUUUCGAGAUACCACAGGCUUCUGGCUCCACAACUGCACUGACCGCUGUCUGACGUUUACCGAUGUGUCCCCCAGAGGUUUGGCCUCUGGCCAGAGAAGCUCUUGGUUUAUUAUGCAGCGCUUUGUAGAAGGCUACUUCUUACAUCCCACAGGCAUGGAGAUCCUCGUGGACCAUAAGAGUUCAGAUCCCCAAGAAUGGAGGGUUGAACGAGUCUGGUACAAUGGCAAAUUCUACGAGAGCCCAGAGGACUUGGCAGAGAAGUAUGAGCAAGGAAAGGUCGACGUGGUGAUCCUGGAAGACCUCCCUCCUAAGGGAAAGAUGGGAGCGGGCACAGAGGAACAACCCCUCUUUUCCUCCUACCAGCCCCGAGGUGACUUCCCCACACCCACCGCUAAGCCGGGUCCUCGCCUGGUUGAGCCCCAGGGGCCCCGCUACCAGUUGGAGGGCAAUGCUGUCCUCUAUGGGGGCUGGAGCUUUGCCUUCCGCCUGCGCAGCUCCACGGGGCUACAGAUCCUGAACCUGCGUUUUGGCGGGGAGCGCAUUGCCUAUGAGGUGAGUGUGCAGGAGGCGGUGGCCCUGUACGGGGGCCACACGCCUGCAGGCAUGCAGACUAAAUACAUAGAUGUGGGCUGGGGCCUGGGCAGCGUCACCCACGAGCUGGCCCCCGGCAUAGACUGCCCCAAGACAGCCAGCUUCCUGGAUGCCCACCACUUCUAUGACGCUGACGCUCCCACCCACUAUCCCAACGCCCUCUGCUUAUUUGAGAUGCCCACAGGGGUGCCCCUCCGGCGCCAUUUCGACUCCAACUUCAGCGGUGGUUUCAACUUCUACGCCGGGCUCGAGGGCCAAGUGCUGGUUCUUCGCACCACCUCGACCGUCUACAACUAUGACUACCUGUGGGACUUCGUCUUCCACCACAAUGGGGUGAUGGAGGUCAAGAUGCACGCCACAGGCUACGUUCAUGCCACCUUCUUCACACCCGAAGGCCUGCGCCACGGAACCCGCCUCCACACUCACCUGCUGGGCAACAUACACACUCACUUGAUACACUACCGUGUGGACCUGGAUGUAGCAGGAACCAACAAUGGCUUUGAGACGAUGGGGACAAAGCUGGAGAACAUCACCAAUCCCUGGAACCCCGCAUACCAUGUGGUUCAACCUGUUCUGGAAAGGAUUCCACGGCACCGGGAGCGCCACGCAGCCUUCCGCUUUGGCCGGAAACUACCCAAGUUCCUGUUGUUCACCAGCCCCAAAAAGAACCUCUGGGGUCAUAGCCGUAGCUACAGGAUACAGCUCCAUUCCAUGGCUGACCAAGUGCUGCCUCCAGGCUGGCAAGAAGAACAAACAGUCACUUGGGCCAGGUACCCUUUGGCAGUGACCAAAUACCGGGAGUCUGAGCUGGUCAGCAGCAGCAUCUAUAACCAGAAUGAUCCCUGGGACCCACCUGUGGUCUUUGAAGAAUUUCUGCGCAAUAAUGAGAACAUUGAGAAUGAGGAUCUGGUAGCCUGGGUGACAGUGGGCUUCCUCCACAUCCCACACUCUGAGGACAUUCCUAACACAGCCACACCUGGCAACUCUGUGGGUUUUCUGCUCCGCCCUUUCAACUUCUUCUCUGAGGAUCCAUCUAUGGCUUCCAAAGGAACUGUCAUUGUUCGGUCCCAAGUCAAAGGUCCCAACCACAUUGAGCGUUGGACCUCAGACAACAUAGAAGGCUGUUGGAAAGCCUCCCCAUUCAACUAUAAUGGCACCUACAGGCCUGUGUAGUGAAGUGUCUCAACUCCCACAUAGAAUCCUGAGCC